UUGGGGAAAGAUCUGGUGGUCCCAGAACAAAUCCCGAAGCUACCCACAAGAAUGCGACAGUUGCAUUCUUGGUACAAGAUGCAAAAAGGUAAGCUGUUUGGGGCAAGUUAUCUUGAUGAAGAUCUUCAUAAGGGGGAAGGCAGAGUGUGGGUUGAUUUCGAGCACUUGUAUCAUUUCUACCAACAGGUUGCUCUCGACAUCUCAAUUAUGACCUUGUGGACUGUAAUGGAGUCACACAAAUGUAGACGAUGUGGGAUUAACAAUAUAGGCUUCUUGGACCCUAGCACCGUACAUGAGAACACAAUCAAUUUACCAAGUACCGUUGACUACUUGUACAAAGCUUUCCUCUCCAUGCAGGAUAAAAGAUCCAUACUUCUUUCAUACAAUUGCUUUUAUCAUCAUGUCCUACUCGAUAUCAGCCUUAGCGAUAGUCGAAUCGAGGUUUCUGACUCACGAAAGAGGCCAUUAUCACUAAUCCAGCCCGUCAUUGAUGUCCUCAACAAGGCCUUCGCUAAGUACCGUAAGAAAAGCAAAAUCCAUAGACCUUUUUGGGGAGACUUCACUGUAGAAGAGGCCAAAUACAUCCUCAAGCAGCCUCCGGGCAACGAUCACUGUGGGUUCUAUGUAAUGCAUUACAUGCAUUGCUACACCGGCGAUUGCAGAAGCGACGAAAUGAACACUGAGUUGGAUUUAGGUGAAUUGCUCAUGGGCAAGCUAGUAGCACUUCAAGAAGAACUAGCCGGAUGUCUUGUGGACUACGUGGUGAAGCCAGGAUCUGAGUACAGCAUAAUCUAG